AUGGCCCCUAUCAGAGUCGUCAUUAUUGGCGGCGGCCUCGCAGGCGCAUGUCUAACAAACGGCCUCAUCAACAAGUCCGAUGGUCAAAUCGACGUGACCGUCUUCGAACGCGAUGAAGCUGGCUCAGAACGAGGUGGCUACCAAAUUCGUCUUGGAGCUCAUGCACUCAUUGGCUUCAAAGCCUGUCUGACAGAAGAACAAUACGAAAGCCUACUCCCCUGCUUCGGCAAGUCUGGAGGCGUCGUGUCGUCUGCUCCUUGCAUCUUCAGCCCUUCCGAUCUGAAGGUCUUGAUCGACUUGAGUAAAGCUCCUAUUUAUGAGAAGAGCGCUCCGAUUGCACGAACGAGACUUCGCAACUUUCUCCAAAAGCCAUUGAAGGAGAGGGACGCUAUCCAGUUUGGUAAGAAGUAUGUUAGGUAUGAAGUACUUCGAGGAAAGGAAGCUGGCCAGAGCAGCAUCAGGGUUCACUUCAGCGACGAUACACAUCACGACUGCGAUGUCCUCAUAUCUGCAGAGGGAAGCGGAAGUCGGAUCAACAAGCAGAUUGGACUGAACAAUAUCAUCACCGAAGUGACGCCUGGACACGGUGGCUACUUGGGCAAAUGUCAUCUACCCUGGUCUGUACUACAGACAUUGCCGCGACAGCUUCUCGAAAAGGGAACUAUUUACACCGGUAACUCCAAGGCCAUGGUAUUUGCCGCUGUAUAUCUACCAGAAGCCUUAUCGCCCUCUAAGUCUGAGCACACGGAUAUCCUCAGACCCAAGAACUACGACGAGGACGAAGCUUCUCUGUUCCUCGGCAUGGCAUGGACGACUGGGCCUGAAGCAGCGGAACUCCCUCAAGUCAAAGACAAGAAGGGACUGAUGAAAAAAAAGCUUGACGAAGCUGGCUUCCAUCCCGGCUUUCACAAGCUGGUUGAUGCUGUCGAUGACGACGCUAUCAUGACGACGCCAUGGCGAUACGCAAAGAAAGACACGCCCGUGAAUUGGAGACAACAACUCCUAUCCAAGAGCGAGAACAAGGCAGAUCCAAGCAUUGCAAAUCCUCGCGUUUGGCUCAUCGGAGAUUCCAUCCACCCGAUGCUGCCGUCCAGAGGAAUGGGAGCGAAUAAUGCGAUCCAUGAUACAGCGGAUGCACUUGGCCCAUUACUCGAGCUUGCGAAGCUGAAGAGCGCACAUGGAGAUGUGACUGAUGAGCAGGUGAGUGAGCAGUUGGCAGUGUAUGAGAAAGCUAUGAUGCCGAGGGCGUUUGAAUGGGUCAAGAAGAGUAGCAACCAACAGGUAUGA